AAUGCAUUGGUUUCUAACUCUGUACUAAUUUAGCGACUUAAUCUGUCCUUUUUUUCUCAUCUCUUCGCUGGUAUGGCAGCACGCAAUUGUAUCUGUUAGCCACGAACCCGACUAAGUAGUUCCUUUGGCCGGGGAAGAAGAGCAAGCUUUGUGGCCAUGGCGGUGCCGACGGCGUACCAGGGCAACACGUCGGCGGCGGUGCCGGAGUGGCUGAACAAAGGGGACAACGCGUGGCAGAUGGUGUCGGCCACGCUGGUCGGCCUGCAGAGCGUUCCGGGACUGGUGAUCCUCUACGGCAGCAUCGUGAAGAAGAAGUGGGCGGUCAACUCGGCCUUCAUGGCGCUGUACGCCUUCGCCGCCGUCUGGAUCUGCUGGGUCACCUGGGCCUACAACAUGUCCUUCGGCGACAAGCUCGUCCCCUUCUGGGGGAAGGCCAAGCCGGCCCUCGGCCAGAGGUUCCUCAUCGAGCGGGCGGCCCUUCCCGCCACCACCCACCUCUACCAUAACGGCACCGUGGAGACCGCCAUGUCCACCCCCUACUUACCCAUGGCCUCCGUGGUCUACUUCCAGUGCUCCUUCGCCGCCAUCACCGUCGUCCUCCUCGCCGGCUCCCUCCUCGGCCGGAUGAACAUCAAAGCCUGGAUGGCCUUCGUCCCACUGUGGCUCACCUUCUCCUACACCGUCGGCGCCUUCUCCCUCUGGGGCGGUGGCUUCCUCUUCCAGUGGGGCGUCAUCGACUACUCCGGCGGCUACGUCAUCCACCUCUCCUCCGGCAUCGCCGGCCUCACCGCCGCCUACUGGGUCGGGCCGAGGACAGCGAGCGACAGAGAGAGGUUCCCACCGAACAACGUGCUGCUAGUGCUAGCCGGGGCGGGGCUGCUGUGGAUGGGGUGGGCGGGGUUCAAUGGCGGGGCGCCCUACGCCGCCAACAUCGAUGCGUCCAUGGCGGUGCUCAACACGCACGUAUGCGCCGCGACGAGCCUCCUCAUGUGGACGACGCUCGAUGUGGUCUUCUUCAAGAAGCCGUCAGUCAUCGGCGCCGUGCAAGGGAUGAUGACCGGCCUCGUAUGCAUCACACCCGGUGCAGGACUGGUCCAAGGCUGGGCUGCCAUGGUGAUGGGGAUCUUGUCCGGGAGCAUCCCCUGGUUCACCAUGAUGGUGGUGCACCGCAGAUGGUCCUUCCUUCAGAACAUCGACGACACGCUCGGAGUCUUCCACACCCAUGCCGUCGCCGGCUUCCUCGGCGGCGCCGCCACCGGCCUCUUCGCCGAGCCCGUCCUGUGCGCCCUCUUCCUCCCCGUCACCCACUCUCGCGGCGGCGUCUACGGCGGCGUCGGCGGCGUCCAGCUCCUGAAGCAGGUCGUCGGCGCCGGGUUCGUCGUCGCGUGGAACGCUGUCGUCACCACCGCCAUCUGCGCGGCCAUCCGUUUCGUCGUCCCGCUCCGCAUGUCCGAGGACCAGCUCAAGAUCGGCGACGACGAAGUGCAUGGCGAGGAAGCCUACGCGUUGUGGGGCGACGGGGAGGCGUUGGAGCUAACGACGCAUGGACCACCCAACUCCCAAUUGGAAUCGCAGCGUCCUCAUGUUCCUACUGGCGUGACCCAAAACGUUUGAAGUAUUUAAUUAGUUCUAUUGAUCUAUUAAUUGUUUUC